AGGAAAAGAAAUGACUACACUUAAAGGUGAAGAGGCUGAUCUACAGAUUGUGAUGGUAGACAGUGUGUAUUUUCCAUCACAAAGACUUCGGAUAAAGACUGAUGACCCAAAUUCUGUAUUCAAGAAUUACCAAGGAGAUGUAUUUGGCAUCUUUUGAACAAAUUCAACUCCUCUGGCAAGCAGCACAAAGAAUUCUACAUACCCCAAUCAAAUGGGAGUCAUGGUAAAUAUCGUGAAGGAGGAAAGCUUGACAGAGAGAUCUCCAUUUGUCAAAAACUACACUGAUUUUGUUGUAGAAUGUACCAAGAGAAUUAUAAUCUGACAAGAAAUCACCGACUUCUCAGCCUUCGAGAAAUCCUCCCAGGUGAUCAAUGCUAAGGUGCAAUAUCUCGAUGAGAAUGAGAAUGAAGAAGAGAUCCAAGAGGUCAAAGAGACUAAGCUAGACGAGACUCUUCGGACUCUCGCUAUCAAGUAUUGAACUAUCCCUCGUCUUGGUAUCGGAGUAUCUUCUGUGCUUCAGCAAAAAGCCAAAGCCAUUCAAAAUUGUCUGAAUAUCACCGACUUAUCUUUCAGGUGAUGCUCUCUCCUGUUCAUGACUAGCAAUGAAGCCAAGUACAAGCUUCUAGAGACUAAUUCCCUGAAGGAAAGGAUCGUCAAUUGAAUCAAUCACUUAAAAACAGAGAUCAACAUUACCGAAGAGAAUAAUGAAAAGAGGAAAAAGAAUCAGAUGAAAAAGUUAAAUCUUGAUAAUGUUGGACUCACCGACCUCUACCAAGGAGUGAAGACAAAGCGCCCUCGCAUGAAGAAAGGUGGUGCUGAUAACACAGAAGCCAUCCAAGAGCUUCUUGAAAAGUUCGAAAAAUUAGAUCUACCUGAAGAAGCAAAAACUAUCGUGGUGAGAGAGCUCAAGAACUUAUCAAGAAUGCAGCCUUCCCAUCAUGAGUAUGGUAAUAUUGAGAAAUAUCUUGAAACUCUUGCUGAACUUCCUUGGAAUAAAAGCCAGGAGGAGAACCUAGACCCUAAAAAUGCUCAGAUAAUUCUUGAUGAAGACCACUACGGACUUGAAAAAGUUAAACAAAGGAUAGUUGAGUUCCUUGCCAUAAGAAAAUUAAAGGAUGAUCAUAAGGGUACUAUCUUAUGCUUCAAUGGCCCUCCAGGUGUAGGAAAAACUUCCCUCGGUAAAUCGAUUGCUAAAGCACUUGGUCGGAAGUUCUACCGUAUAGCCUUGGGAGGAAUCAAAGACGAAAGCUUGAUUAGGGGCUUUAGAAGAACUUAUGUUGGAUCAACUCCUGGUGUCAUUAUCCAAUCUCUGAAGAAAGUGAAUACAAACAAUCCCGUCUUCCUUUUAGAUGAAAUAGACAAAAUUGGACAAGAUUGGAAGGGAGAUACUAGCAGUGCAAUGCUUGAGGUACUAGACCCUGAGCAGAAUACCAAGUUCACCGAUCACUACUUGGCCACCCCAUUUGACCUCUCACAAGUAAUGUUCAUAGCUACUUCAAAUAACCUCGAGACUAUCCAUCCAGCUCUAUUGGACAGAAUGGAGGUAAUUGAUAUCAGUGGGUAUUCAGUAAAGGAGAAAGUUCAGAUCUCAAUGAAUUACCUCAUCCCAAAACAAAUUGAAGCAAACGGGAUUAGUGAUCAGAUAAUCAGCUUUUCCAAACCAAUGGUCACCAAAGUGGUCAAAGAAUACACCAUGGAAAGUGGAGUAAGAAAUCUUGAUAGAUGUAUGGGAAGUAUCUGCCGCUCUGUGGCUUACAAAUACGCUAUAACUAAGCAGAGAGACGGAUUUGAGAAGAUUGAUGUUGACGAAGAGCUUAUCAUCAAGGCUCUUGGGAAUCCAAAAUUUAACUUUAUUCUGAACAAAAAGAUCAGCAGGCCAGGAUUAGCCAUUGGUCUUGCCUAUACUUCUGUUGGAGGGAAAUCACUUCUCAUAGAGACUUCUAAAUACCCUGGAAACGGAAAGCUAAAAUUAACCGGGAAACUAGGUGAUGUCAUGAAAGAAAGCGUAGCCACUGCCUUGAGCUGGAUUAAGACCAAUUCCAUAAGGUUAGGACUAAUUCAGGAAAAGAGCUAUACAAAUCCGCAAGAUUUUGACAUCCUUGAAGAAGAUUAUAUUAAUGAAGGAGACUAUAAAGCAAUAUCCUUUUCAAAAUAUGACGUUCAUUGACAUUUUCCCGCUGCUGCCAUCCCGAAAGAUGGUCCGAGUGCUGGAGUGACUAUCACAACUGCUCUUGUUUCAUUGUUUACCAAUAGAAGAGUGAAGGAUUCUAUUGCAAUGACAGGAGAAAUAUCUUUGCAUGGGGAUGUCCUCCCGGUUGGCGGAAUCAAAGAGAAGUGAAUCGCAGCUAUGCAGAGUGGAAUUAAGCUAGUUCUCCUUCCAGAGGAAAAUAGAUUAGACGCUCAAGAUCUUCCGGAUGAUGUAAAAGAAGCUCUAGAAAUUAGAUUUUGAACUAAGAUUGAUGAAGUAUUAGAGAAUGCGCUCUCGCAUGAGAUAGACCAAGAGUUUAUUAGAGAUGCUUACAAGCCAUUAUUCACUAGCAAAAUUUAA